ACCUCUUGAAAACAACGAAAACACGAAGUAGGCGCUGGAAUUUUUUAAGUUUCCAAAUUAAAUGUUUUACAUCAACAAAUGCUGCAUGUGAAAUAAAUAAAAAUCGCGUUAUGUACUGCAGUUAGCCGUCGUAACAAGUGCGUGCCAACGUUUGAAAUGAUGCACCAAAUGAUGAUCUAAGAACAAAAGCUAAUUCAAGAGUGGCAGCAAUAAGGGAACGAAAAAAAAGAAAGCUUCCACAAUGUGCGACGGUGAAAUUUGUGAGCUAGUGAGUCAGCAGCAAGCAGAGCAGGCCGAGCCGCAGCGCGUGAAUGGCGGUGAAGAGGAAAUGCCACAGGAUCAGUCGACGUCCCCGAAGCAAUCUUCGCGAGUGACCAAGGAUCCAGUGGAGCCUUGUGAAGUGGCGCAAUGGGGGCUGGACGAAGUGGAAAACUGGGCCACCAUGGAGAACUUCUCCAACACCCUCAUUCGUUGCUUGCGAUUUGAGCAAAUUGACGGCGAGGUGCUGCUGAUCCUCACCGAGGACGAUGUCCGGGCCCUGCGCUACAAAUUGGACUACAGAUUCUCAUUUGGCGAGCUCAAAAAGUUCUGGGUGUCGCUCUCCCGCCUCCAGAGGCUGGUGAAGCUCAGCGGCGCCCCCACGGACGAUGCCGUGUUGAACGAUCUGUCCCAGAAAUCCAAUUCGCAGCCGCUGGUCGGCUCUGGUGGUGCGUCCUCGUCAUGCGCCUGCCCGCCAGCGCAGCCAUUGGACUGCCCCAGCUAUGUGUCCGACUGCGAGACGUAUUUGCGCAUGGGCAGAGGCUCCGUAGCCCCGGAAUACUUUAAGACCGCAAUGAGCUUAGGUUACUCUUUUGUUGUGACCUGGAUAACGUCGUUCGUUAUGGUGAUUGUGCACGAGCGCGUGCCGGAUAUGAAGCGCUACCCGCCAUUGCCGGACAUCUUCCUUGACAACGUGCCACACAUUCCCUGGGCCUUCAACAUGUGCGAGAUCACGGGUUCGCUGCUGUUCACCAUUUGGCUGUUUGUCCUGAUCUUCCACAAGUACAGAAUGGUGCUGCUGCGACGCUUCUUUGCACUGGCCGGCACCGUCUUCCUGCUGCGCUGCGUGACCAUGCUGAUCACGUCGCUGAGUGUGCCGGGCACCCACCUGCAGUGCAACCAGAAGGACUUUGCCAUCGAUGACGCCAACGUGGAUAUGUUCGGUGCCCUGGUCAUGCGCAUGACACGCGCUUAUCGCAUCUGGAGCGGUUUGGGCAUGUCAAUUCAGGGCGUGCGAACGUGUGGCGACUACAUGUUCAGCGGCCACACCGUGGCCCUAACGCUGCUCAACUUUUUCAUCACAGAAUAUACGCCGCGCAAUCUGUACUUCCUGCACACACUCACCUGGCUGCUGAACAUGUUUGGAAUCUUCUUCAUUUUGGCCGCCCAUGAGCACUACUCCAUCGAUGUGUUUGUGGCCUUCUACAUUACCUCGCGUCUGUUCCUCUACUACCACACGCUGGCGAACAACAGGGCCCUCAUGCAAAGCGACUCCAAUCGAACGCGCAUUUGGUUCCCCAUGUUCAGCUACUUCGAGAGCAGCGUACAGGGCAUUGUGCCCAACGAAUUUGACACGCCCGGCAGCCUGAUCGAUGGCCUGAUAGAUCAGCUAUUCAAAGCCAAGGACUUGAUGAUGGGUGGCGCCUAUCGCUACUGGAUGGAGCGACAUUUGUCCUCGAAAUCAUCGAUGCACAUGUUUGCCGCCGAGUCCGACAGAUAUCUGCAGUCGCGCGUCUACAAUUUGCGACAGACGGCGAGCAGCACGAGCGGCAUGGCCACGCCGCCCACAGCUCAGCCCCCGCCACAGAACCUGAAUGGCGGUGUCAGAGAUAUCAGCUUGGACCCGUACUCCUCUAGUGCGAGUGAGACCUCGGCACAGACGCUCGCCCAAGUGCCGCUGCUGCGGGAGAAGAAGGUGCUAUGAUUCACAGCCACUUGGCUCUUCCAUGGGGCAUGGCCCGACACACUCUCAAAAAUCCAUUUAUCGAUGCCGUUCUUCGUAAAGCAAACAAAAUGCUGAAAAACAAAACACACCGACUGAUA